AUGGACCACGCGACCCGGUAUAUGAUGGCUAAAAUCGUUCCGACGUUGGACGCCAUGCAGAUCUUCAGGACCUUCUACCGGCACUGGGUAGUCCCGUUCGGGCCACCACGAAUAGUACUGACGGACAACGGCACCAGCUUCCGAGGGGCCUUCCGCGCAAAGGCAGCGUACCCGCUGGGAUGUAAGCACUUGACCGCUGCGCCGUUCCGGCCACAAGGAAACGGCGUCAAUGAGGCCUCUCACCAAAAACUACUCAACGUACUCAAGGCUAUACGACAAGAAGGCGUGUGA